AUGGAGACACGUUGUACCGUCGGGGGUAUUCCACCACCUGAGAGGCGCCCCACAUCCUUACUUAUCGACGAGAAUGGCAACUGGCUGUGCCCGGCUUGUAAGGAUAACUCGGAUGACCCGCCAUAUGGAUUCGUCCGCAUCCAGCGGCCAGAAAAUCAAUCUUCGGAUAACUUCCUUACCGAUCCCCUACCAACAAAUUGGGACAGCGACUUCUAUCUCUCCUGGAAAUUUAGUGUCCCUGUCAAUUGUUUCGCCAAUCCUUUGGAGGCCUUUCAGUGCUGCAAUGUGCACUGCUCUUUCAACAGGACACGCUACCAUGGUGCGCCGGAGACGGAGGGUCUAUGGGAGGAAACGGCGGAGUCAGUUGCAGAACUUAGGAAGAUGCAAGCCAAUUGGCCGUCCCGCGACAAUGCGCAUCCGCGGAACGCUUGCUGGUCAUGCCCCGCUUGCAGCGUCUGGGAAAUGGACUUCAGAUUCCAUGGCAUCGUCAAGGAAGAAUGGGGAGACCAUGUGCGGAGCGCCAACUUCAUGGAUCUUGUCCUUUCCAAGCAGCGAAGAGUCUAUCAGAAUCCCCGCAUCAACGGCCGAAAAUGCGGAAACAUGCUCUACGGGCUAGGACCGGACAAGCGAGACGAGCCAUGCUGUUACCGUUACGGGCUCUCUUUUGAGUUUGUCCAGACCAAAUCCGGUUACAAUGUUGGCCGCGUCGUAAUCCCGAAGUUCCAGGAAUAUUCACUCCCCAAGGGCUUCGAGACUCAGGAUCUGUUUUUCUACGAUAUUCUGGUACUCCGCAUCACUGGCCUUCCACUAGACAUCCGCGGCUUUUGGUUGUGCUCCGACUGCUCAAUUUGCCCGAAGGACGAAAUAUGGCCAGAAGCACAACAAAGAGGCUACGUGAAGAUCAUGAGCAAGAGAGCGUGGGUCGUGGUCGAUCAGCUCAGAAAAAACUUUCACUAUUCCCACUUUGAGGAAAUGUACAUCCAGCUGAAGGGGGUCUGCGAGAACGAUCCGCAAACCUGGGUUGCCCUUUUUGCCAAUCCCCCGGAUACAUUUCAUUGCUUGAACAAGCGUCACGCAUGUGCAUUUAGUCGACGCCCGUUCCGGGGUACCAAGUAUCCACUUCUGCAUGCCGACACUGAAGAAGCUGAGCAGCAGCUCGGGGACGACGCAUUCAAGCAACUUCGAGCAAUAAUCGGGCAAACCGGCGUGACUUUCAAUGCUGGCGUGCCUGGCGCUACUGCAUGGGUCUGUCCAAUGUGCAGUGCCGACCCCGAGGACCUCAAGAAAGACAUCGCGGAUGUCCGGAACUGGGCGAACUACAUCUACAGCGGGGCUCCGAACAGAUUCAUAUCAGUCAAAAAGCGAUGGGGCUCCAAGAUGAGUGAGGAGAUCAAGGAGCGGUACUGCUUUGUCAAUCAGAUGGCAAUGACGACCUAUGGUCGACGCAGUUAUGUCUGCCAGAACCAAGGGUUCGGGAAAGGGCCGAAGCACGAAAAUGUGCCUUGCGACUUUACCUACGGGGCUGGGGUGGAGUUCAUACCAGACUCAUCUCAGUAUGGCUGCUGGAUUGCGGUUGCGGGCGGGGGCUAUAUAGAGUAG